GUCUCGUGAUCACCAGGAAGUAAACUUUCCAUUCAGUCAAUUUUAUCGUGAGAAGACAGCACGGUUUAUUUUUGUUAACGCUCAGACAGUAUAUAAAAUGCCUUUACUUUGUGGCGGAACAACUGAGGCGAAAGAUGCGAAUGAAGAGGUGCAGAAAAUAUGCGAUGAGAUAAAGUCUCAUGCCGAGGAUAAAGCUGGGCGCAAGUUUGACGUUUUCACCGCAAAAACCUUUAAAACACAACUUGUAGCGGGGACAAAUUACUUCAUUAAGGCGCAUGUAGGAGGGGAUGAGUACAUUCACCUACGUGUCUAUAAGACUCUGCCCCAUGCUGGAGAAAAACUGGAGCUGCACAGCAUACAGACAUCCAAGGCUCAUCAUGAUCCCAUUGAAUACUUCUAAAGCAAACUUAAGCAAAUCAUCAUAAAUACUGCCCAAAAUACUCAUGCAGCUCAUUGUUGUCAUUUUUACCAAGUAAAGGUUUACAUUAACACUUGAAGAUGAAUAUUAACUCAUUUAUUACAUGCAGUGACCUUACAAAAUGUAUUCAUUGACUAGUGGGAUCAUGGGUAAACACUACCUGUGAAACUCACUGUGAAUUAAGCAAUCCUAUAAAUACAUGCAUCCAUUAUGUGUUUGGCAUAGCUGUAAAAUAGCAGUUCAUUUUCUCUCCCACAUACUAAAAACAUCACUUAACUCCCAUCUAGUUACCUAUGUCAGUAGUUUGGCCUUCACAUUUUGGGCUUUGUAAUUAGUGAUACUGAUGCAGUAAACACGUAUUUUAUACUUAACUGCCUGUAAUGUUCAUUAUUCACAUAAAAUGCAUGGAUGGACA